AUGACUGUUCGAGCUUAUGGAAGAGUUUUUACAAGACUUCGGAGGUAUUUGUACCAAGGAAAUGAUGAUGAGUUAGCUAUGGCCCGAAGAUUCUUUAACGGACUCAGGCCAGAUAUAAAGGGAAGGUUGCAUGCUGUGACAUACCGGAGUGUCGCGGAGGUAGAGGAGAGAGCAGUAAGUGUUGAGGAAGCCAUUGAGACAGAGAAGGAGAUUUCGGCUAAGGAGAAAAAGAAGGAACCCGUCCAACAGACUAAGGUGGUGAACACUAGGAAAGUGAAUCAAUUGGUAGGACGGAAUUGGGGCGCAGGCCGUGGUAAAGUUAAAAUGAAUGUCAACCAAGGAGGCCGUAAUGUGAACAACAUGGAUCCGCGAGGAUGCUAUGUGUGUGGUCAAGUGGGGCAUUUUGCUCGAGCUUGCCCAACUGUUGAGGAAACGAAGAGUACCAAUCUGUCAACUGUCACAUGUUUCUACUGUGGCGAGUUAGGACACUAUGCAAACUCAUGUCCAUCAAGGCCGGCCAAACCGAAUGCCCAAACUGUGAACCGUGCCCAGGCAGCGAACCAAGUGAAGGAACCCCCAGCGAAGAAGCAAGCAACCCCGGCAAAUGUUUUUGCUUUAGGAGUAGAGCCACCUAAACCUCAGCAGGCCGCGAAGGGUCCUAUAACAGGAACUCUACUUGUUUGUGGUAACCCCACGCAUGUAUUGUUCAAUUCGGGAGCGUCCAAUAGUUUUGUGACUCCUGAAGUGGCUGACAAGUUUGGAGACUUGUGUGAGGAGGAAGAGGUGAACAUUAAUGUCUACACUGCUGGUAAUAAACCGCCGUUGAAGACAAGAAGAUGGAUCAAGAAAGUGUCGAUAGUCUUGCAAGAUACGAACCUUCCGGUAAAUCCUCUAGUGAUGCCGUUGGAUAGGUUCGAUGUUAUUUUGGGAAUGGAUUGGUUAUCGGAACACCAAGCCCAUAUAGACUGCAGCAGGAGCAGGGUUAUAUUUGAAAAUGGAGGAAGGACACCUCUACUUUUCUAUGGAAUCAGUCCGAGUAAAAUGGCAUACUUCGCAUCGGCAGCAAGGAUUGGAAGAUCAGUUGAAGAAGAGGAAAUUUAUCUAGUCACUCUUACCGCCUUGGGAGGAGAUGACAAGGAAGGCAUGGAGGUUGAGGAUAUUACCACAGUCAAGGACUUUGAGGACGUGUUUAGACCGUUGGAAGGACUGCCUCCACCAAGGAGCCAUCCUUUUACCAUAAACCUUCAGCCCGGAGCUACCCCGAUUGCUAAGGCACCGUAUCGCAUGGUACCAGCCGAGUUUGCUGAACUCAAGACUCAGUUAGAAGACUUGUUGGAGAAAGGUUUUAUACGACCAAGUUCAUCGCCAUGGGGAGCCCUAGUGCUUUUUUUCAAGAAGAAGGACGGAAGCAUGCGCUUGUGUAUUGAUUACCGAGGAAUUAAUAACAUAACCAUCAAGGACAAGUAUCCUUUGCCAAGGAUUGAUGAGUUAUUAGAUCAACUCAGAGGAGCAAGUUGGUUUUCAAAGAUUGAUUUAGCCUCCGGCUAUCAUCAAAUCUCAAUUGCGGAACAAGAUGUAAUGAAGACGGCAUUUCAAACAAGAUACGGUCAGUAUGAGUUUGUAAUAAUGCCGUUUGGACUUACCAAUGCACCGGCGGCAUUUAUGCGAUUGAUGAAUGAAGUUUUCCAUGACUAUUUGGAUCGAUUCAUGAUAAUAUUCAUCAAUGACAUCCUUAUAUACUCGCGGAGUGCGGAGGAACACUCGGAGCAUUUGAGGAAAGUGUUGGAGAGGUUAAGGGAAGUUAAGCUGUUCGCGAAGUUCAGCAAGUACCCAGAAAAGAUUGCAGCCAUACAGGAUUGGCCGAAGCCAACCACAGUGUCGGAAGUUCGAAGUUUCUUAGGCCUGGCAGGCUAUUAUCGGAAGUUCGUGAAGGGGUUCUCAACUAUUGCGAAGCCUUUAACACGACUUCCUGGGAAAGGAGUACCGUUUUUAUGGAGUGAAGACAUGGAGAAAGCUUUCAGGAAGCUGAAGGAAGCGCUAACGACAGCACCAAUGUUAGCCCUACCCAAGCCAAACCAACCAUAUUCUGUGUUUACAGACGCGUCAAGAGUGGGCGUUGGAUGUGUUCUGAUGCAAGGGAAUAGAGUGAUUGCCUAUGCCUCCAGACAGCUAAGGAAGCAUGAGGAGAAUUACCCCACUCAUGACCUAGAGAUGGCAGCCGUGGCGUUUGCUUUGAGGAUAUGGAGAUCAUACUUGUAUGGAGAAGCGGUUCAGGUAUUUACGGACCAUCAAAAUCCGGUACCACCCAGGCAAGGCGAAUGUAGUAGCAGAUGCGCUAAGCCGAAAAAAACACAAGUUGAUGCUGAGAAGGAUGUGGAGUUUUUGGCCGACGAAUUGAAGGAGGUUAGGCUUUUAGCCUUAGAAGGAGAGACUAGCGAGCCGUUGGGUUUACAAGCCGUAACUCAAGCGAGCUUGUUACACCGAAUUCGUGAGGAACAACACCAAGACGACAAUCUGAUGAAGAUUAUCGAGGAACUGAAAAGUUCAGAAGGACCAAAUGCUAGCGGUUAUCAUUUAGCCGAUGAUGACACUCUACUUCUCAAUGGGAGAGUAACUGUACCUGAUCGGAGUGGAUUACGAGAGGAGAUAUUGAGAGCGGCUCACAGCUCAGCGUUGAGUAUACACCCGGGAAGCACCAAGAUGUACAAGGACGUUCGUAGAUACUAUCAUUGGCCUGGAUUAAAGAGAGCAGUAGCGAAGUGGGGCGUUGGGAACAGAUGUUCACAUGAGCACCUCAUUCCACACGGAGACAGACGGACAGACGGAAAGGACUAUCCGAACCAUAGAGGACAUGAUCCGACUAUUUAUCACACAAGCAUUGGCAUGUCGCCAUUUGAGGCAAUGUACGGAAGGCCGUGUCGAACGCCUCUAUGUUGGACCGAAGUUGGGGAGAGGACAAGUUUCAAUCACAAGUUGAUUGAUGAGACGACGGAGAAGAUCAAGUUCAUACGGGAGACUAUGAAGAAGGCACAAGACCUCCAAAAGAAGUACGCAGAUCGUAAAAGGCGGGAAGUGGAGUUUAAAGUUGGAGACAUGGUGUAUUUGAAAGUCGCACCACAAAAAGGAAAGGAUCAAUUUGGUAAGGUGGUAAAACUCGCAGUAAGGUUCAUCGGGCCAUACCCGAUUGAGCAACGAGUUGGAGAAGUAGCUUACCGGCUAGCUAUGCCAGAGAUGAUGCGACUACAUAAAGUCUUCCAUGUUUCACAACUUGAUAUGAGCUUUGGCUACAAAAUGAUCUUGAACCAAAACAAGGAUGAGUCGUUAGCUGGUCUAAAGACCUUUCUAACUAACCCAGAUAGGGUGGAGAUGAAUGGUGGAUUGAUAAGAACCACAAUAGAUGUGAAAGUCUACUGA